GAGGCGAGCUGAGCUGAGCUGCACAAACACACACAACGAGCUCCUUCACCAUCUGCGACUUUACACUUUUAUAUGAAGCUGCAAAAUCCAAACUGUGUCGCCGACAGGAAGAGUAAACGUGGAGCAAGAUGAAAGCUGCGAGAAAAGCAGCCGUGGGUGGCCGGAGCUCGGACAGUGACUCUAUGGACGAGGGCAUGGCCGGCAAGAGGAAGCGCCAUGUCAUCUUCUCCAAGGAGUCGGUGAAGGUUCUGCGGGACUGGUUGUACGAGCAUCGCCUGAACGCCUACCCAUCGGAGCAGGAGAAGCUGAGCUUAUCCGGACAGGCCGACCUCAGCGUAUUACAGGUUUCUAACUGGUUCAUCAAUGCAAGGAGGAGACUUCUGCCGGAUAUGUUGCGGAAAGAUGGCAAAGAUCCCCAUCAGUUCACCAUUUCUCGGAAGAGUAAAUCCUCUGAACUGACCCCGUCACGAAGAACAGGUGCACCAAACCUGGAGAAUUCUGCUUCAGCCACGUCUUCCACUAUCUUACCUGCAUCUAUCCGACCUUCUGUCAUCUGUCACGCAACAACGUCCACAGUCAAAGACAUAUCUUUACUCUUCUGCCCAGACUCUGGAAAUGGUGAUGAGAACACAUCAAAACUAACUGAUCAUAAGCUAGCUCAACCUCUGUUUAACACUGAUAACCCCACUGACUUAGUGAUAUGCACGGGCCCAACCAGUCCUAACAAUGGGCUGUUCAACACACCUCCACCCACUCCACCAGAACUCCACCAGGACUUCAGUGGGUUCCAGUUACUGGUGGAUGUGGCACUCCAGCAAGCAGCCGAGCUGGAAUCUCAGAAACAGAAUGUCAUGGUUUCAUCUUAAAUGCACAGGCAGAGAAACAUGGUGGCCGGGAAUAGAAAUAUAGAUAUCAAAGAAAUCUUGUCAGUUGGUUCUGGUCUCUGGAUGGGCAUUGAUAUGUUGCUAAAUACAGUUGUACUGUCCAUUUUGGACAAACAAUCAUUAAAAUGCAUUUCUCCUGGUUGGAGAUAGAGUUUAAAGUCUGCCCACUUGAAUUAAAUUUCUCAUGGGUGAAUGAUUGAUUGUAGACCUCGGAGUGAAGGGGGUUGCAAUAAUUAUUCUCAGAGCCUCUCUUGUAGAUUUGCACUCUGCAGUGUGUAGAUUCUGGGAUUUCAACAGAAUAAGCAUCAGUAGCUUUCUGUAUUUUUGACUGCAGAUAUAUAUGAACUGUAAUUGUGUUUCAAGGAAUUGCAGAUAACUUAAAUCUUAUAUUAAUCUGUGGCUACUGUUCCCAUUUUAAGAUUUGAGCUUAAAGUAGGUUGUUUUUCCUCUGAACACUACUGUCCUGAUUGCAGAUAUAGUGAGUAUAGAACAAGAGGCAGCACAGCUUCAUGCGGGUCUCCUGGAUGGAAAUUCUGUGGCACGUUCUUUAGUUCUCGAUACGUGCACAGUGUCAGAAUUAUUAAGAUGCUAGUAGAAUAUUUUUUCAUUUGUAUAUAAUGGAUCUUUACUACUGAGCUGAAAAUUGUAACUUUAAAUUGUGGUUCUUAGAGGAAAAUUAUAAAAUUAAAUGGCAGCUUCCUUUAAAUUACUACUUAAUAGAUUAUGAUGUAGCAAUGUGACAUUAGCUCUGAGAUAUUAAUUUGUAAUUUUUGAAUACAGAACUCAAGGUAAACAUAUCUGUUUGUUAGUUAUUUGUGAAUGUAGUUUUCUUUUGAUUUUUAAUUCCUUUUAAAAUGUAGUACUUUGUUUAAAGGUGAUGUGAGACGUUUUAUAAUAGUCCUAAAAUCAUCUACAUGGUAGACUUGGAGCCAAAUAAAUAUUUUUUUCAGAUUCUAAAGUGUCACACACCACAGUUAUAAAAUAAAUUGUAUUUUGAGAAAGUCUUGUAUAUUUAAAAAAAGGGAACCAGUGAUUUUAAGCUCCUCACUCAAACUAUGACCCUUACUGACCACAACACUGCAAGUCCCCAGUGGCACUGUGGCACUGGUUUCUGCAAAUUGCAGGAGAAAUACUUUUGUUGGCAGACAAUUUACUUUUGAUGUGGGAGCUGCAGAUCUUUGUACGUCAGCCGUUUACUGUAAAUUGUAUGCAGGCCAAAACUCUAUACUUGUGGUUCUACAAAGUAGCUUUAUGUAAAUCCAAAUCCUAUUUGUAACAGAAGCGUUAAAAGUUUGGUUCAGUGUUAAUGCAAAAAGGGGCUUUGCAGAUCCUGUAUAUAAGUGAGAUAAUGCAAAUGUGCCUUAUGAUGGUGGUGUUUUUUUUUGUUAUUUUAAGGGACCACCCAACGCGCCCAGUCUUCAGUCUCAAUCUGUGCAAUAUUUCAAGGGGUACUUUCACUCCAUUCUUUGUCUUACGGGAACAUUGAUCACAUCUGUGAAUUUUUUUAAAAUACCACUCUAAUAAAAAAUUGACAUUUGGU